GUACCACCUGCCUUUCAUUUAAUUUGUGUAAAACAGUAAAUUCAUAUCGGCCUAAUAUUUUAUCAUAUUCCACUCAUAAAGAAACCCCCAUUCUGGCCAAAUCCAAAAAUAGUAAAAUAAGGGAGGAUCAACUAAUUUGAAAUGGAUAUUGGGGUCCUUAGAUGUUACACAAAACCCCACUCUUUUAAUGCAAACAGUUCUGACCCACUGCACCCACUGAUGUAUCUAUGAAUUUUGAAGAAAGCUGACCCCUGCCUUAACCAUGGGAAUACCCUCCACAUAAUAAAAUCAAAACAACUUUAUCAGAAGUUCUUCACAAUUAGUAACACAAAAUUUACAAAGAAUGAUCAAAAUUAUACUUAAAACAGAUUACUUACAUUGUUACAUCAUAUUCUAUAUUACUGCUGGUUAAUAAUCAUGGUAUGAACAAACAGAAGCAGAAAUUACUUUUGCAUUUAACAAAAAUCAAAAGGAAAAAGAUCUGUAAAACAUGUUUUCCAAGGUUACUUGUUUAGUUGUGUUCUCUGUGUGUCUUACAAGUGAGCAAGGAAGACAUCAAGUGUGGCCCUUACCCAAAUACUGCAUGUAAAGUGGGAUAUGUAUCAUAGCACUGUGCAUUGGAAUGCCCUAUGUGUAUGUGUCAGUCUUGCCUUCCUGGCAGCAGUAACAACUGGGCAGUACCAGCAACUGGCAACAGAAGCUCCUGAGAGUUCGUGGACUGGCCGCUGGAUGCCACAUCCACCAUACACGAAACAUGUAGAUAUUCACGAUCGUGAACAUGCAGUUCGAAUGGGUGUGGUGACUACCGAAUGUGACGAUGCUAAGACAAAUCUCACACUCGACUGGGACUAUUCCCCAGGUGAUUACACUUGCUACAGUUAUAACAGAAGAUAUCUUCCAAAUGCAAGAAUUAAGCCAAUUUUGGAAUGUGAAAAUAUUCCGAAGUACUACUCAGCUCGUCAUGAGUGUAUGAACAAGUCAAUACAUUAUCAAUCAGCUGUACCUACAUAUGGCACCCACCGACCACUUUGGCCACGAUAUGGUGAAUACAAAUUUGUACCCCGACAGCGGUGGGUCCACAACUUGGAGCAUGGCGCUGUUGUGAUGUUGUAUCAUCCUUGUGCCAACCAACUGGAAGUGAAUCGUCUGAGACAUUUGGUUACGAAUUGUCUCCGCAGACAUAUCAUCACUCCACUGGCACUGCUGGACGAAGAAAGGCCUUUGGCACUGGUGACUUGGGGAUGUCGAUUAACCAUGUCAUCUGUUCAGCCUAGUAUUGUAAAGAACUUCAUCAAACAGCAUGGUCUACAAGGACCUGAAAAAGUCUCACGAGAUGGGCAGUAUGAUUUGGGUUUGAAGGACCCUGCAAAGAUUAUCACUGAUAUAGAUGAUUCUGUCUUAUGUCCAGGAAGUUGAAUUCGGGUAAUGUAACAUACUGUAUAGGGAGCUGUUUAUGCAGCCAAUAAUUCUGAUCCACAGCUGUAUUUACAGUAGACUACCAGCCAUACUGCCCUGUUUAUGUGUGCCCUCUGGAUUUAUUUUGUUAUAAAUUUUGCAGCUAUUCUGUAUUAUGUGGUCCUGUAACUAUUUAAACACUUUGAAGCUCUUGUGGUGACUAUGCAAUUAAGUCUUCUCAAAUCAGCCAUGUGAAGACGAAGUUACUGUUAAGCAUUUUUGAGACUGUCUUUGUCUUCAUCAUCAGGGGUUGAUGGGAUGAGAGAUGUAGCUGCGUGUGUGCUCUCAAAGGCCAGUGUCCCAUCCUGUCAGCCAGUGACUGCUAGUAUCUUGUAGUGUCUAUGGUAAGCAUCGUGGGCUGCAAUGACUGCAUGCCUUAAUGAAUCCAGUUCUCCCAGCAGGAGACAGGAAACCUCUGACUGCCUGACUGCACCCACUAUUUUGCCAGUGGUCUGCACUGGGACAGGACACUGUGCUUCUCCAAUGGCAUACUCUUUAGAUAAAAAUAACCAUUUGGCUAUAACACUCAUCACAUCAAUCCCUAAUGAUGGAGACAGAGACAUUGUUAAAAAUAUUGCAUUCUAUUGUAACUCCAUCUUCAAGUGGCUGAUCACCUAAGAAGGUAUUGUAUACUAUUUGAAUGACCUACUUAUAAAUCUUAGCUGCCUUUUCUUCUUGCACUUUUAUACCCUCCCAAACUCUGCUUUUUCAUGUCAUUAUAAUAAAAGAUGCCAUGCACUUAAUAUUAGGCGGACGCCACAAAGCUAAACAGGUCACUAAGAUGUUUAUCAAAGAAGGGAUUUUAUUUUGUUUGAGAAACUUUAUUUGCUGUUUUUCAAAUAACAAAUGCUAAAAGAAACAUAUGGUCACUCUAUUUGUAAGUUUCCGUCGUCAUAUCAGUUUGUGAAGACAAUUUAGUAACAUGUGAGGAGGAAGACCAGAGCAGAGACCUUUAUUAAAUUUAUGUUGUGAAGGAAGCGUAUAUUUCAGAAGAGUUGUAGACGUACUGGGGCUCUGGCAUGAUUCACUUCUGAUAACACUUGUAACUUUGCAAGGGUUUUAUCUCAUUAUUUUACAUAGGUAUUUUAUCACAUAUUUUUAAGCCACUUUCAGAUGAAAUUAUGAUGUGAAGCUGUGUAUAUUUCUGAAGGCAAUUAGUAGUUCCUAGAAACAGUUGAAAAUUCUGUUUAAGUAGAAUAGAUUCAAAUCACAGAGCAGUUCUGUGGACAUCAUUCUACAUUUGUCCAUCUUCAAAACAGUGAGUCAGAAAUGAAAGUGGCAAAGGACACAUGCUUGUCUUUAGGUCCUGUGUUUGAACGACCAGAGCGUCAUGAAGUCACUCACAAAAGUAAGGAAUUCAGCACGUCAAGGAAACAGUAUGGCUGUAGGACUUCUGCUUCUGAGGCAUAAUGUAAUAAUAUAUUAUUUCCAUCAACAUGUAUGUAUUUUCUGAAAUUGUUGUAUGGAAAUUUCACCUAUUUGUUACUAACAUAUACUAUGCAGUAAGUUUAAUUUUGUGUUGUUAUUCAUUUCUGAUGCUGUAUCAGCUGGCUUGUCCUGUUUUAACCCUUUGAAGCCUGAUUGUUACUGGUGUAGCAGAUGCUUAAACGUACCAGCACUCUGCAUUCUCCCCACCGACUGUGUUUGUGUGUUUCUUGCAGUAAACGGUGAAUGUUUCCCUAUACAGCAUUAACCAGUUGACUAUUGUAAUGGAGAUGUAAUGUGUUCCUUGUGAGGUAUGCACUGAUUUUCUUACAUUAUUUAGAAGAAAUUAGAUUUCUGAAGGGUUAAGUUACUGUCCUGGCAUUUUAUAUAAGGACUGAGGAAUACAACUAAAAUCUCAAUGCCAGAUGAAGUUUCGGGUUUACACAUCACUCAUAUUAUGGCGAUCUAACUUGCAUGGGAGAGUAAGAGGUUUCAUCUGAAUCUUUUGUAACUUUGAGUCUAUGACUAGAUUGUCAUAUUAACUUGUUACAAUGUUAUGGCUGUUGUGUAUGUCCUUUUUUGCCUAAGUUACAUCACUGUGGUACUGAGUCCUGCCUGUAGGGUGGGUAAUGCUCCUUAUUACAGUUCUUGCAGCUGCACAUUAUUGGAAGCUGUUAUACUCUGUCCUCUGUUUACAGGAUGAAUGACUGUCAAUAAAAAGGAAAAUUAAUCAUGUACACUUUUUAAUUAUUACUUAAUUUGGUGCGUUGUUUUUAAACAAACUCUUGUUGUUCUUCCCAGGAUUGCAAUAUUGUUCUGUUAGAACAUGGUACACAUUCAUAUGCAAAUGUACUGUAAUAUGAUAUCUGGCAGCUCGUGUGGUCAUAUUUCUGUGGACAGUAAAACUGUCUUAUGUCUUAUGUAAUAUCUGUGUUUAAAUUUCAGUUCCGUAACUGUAAUUAAUGAACUCCUAUGCAACAGGGUAAUGAGCCAGGAUAGCGCAGUCAG